CGGUUGCCGCCGGUGCGGGGGGGUGGAGAGAGGCGGCGGCGGCGGCGGCGGCCAUGGCGGCGGAGCAGCUGUACCCGCGGGGCUCCAUCGAAGAUGACUUCAACUAUGGCAGCAACGUGGCUUCGGCCAGCGUCCACAUCCGCAUGGCUUUUCUACGGAAAGUCUACAGCAUUCUUUCCAUUCAAGUUCUUUUGACCACAGUCACAUCUGCAAUUUUUCUGUACUCUACUGGAGUGCAGGCAUUUGUUCAUGAAAGGCCUGCCUUGCUUUUGAUAUCUGGGUUUGGAUCUUUGGCUAUAAUUGUGGCACUGACCCUCUACAGACACCAGCAUCCUGUUAAUUUAUACCUGCUUUUUGGAUUUACCUUACUGGAAGCACUGACAGUUGCCAUUACAGUGAGUUUCUAUGAUGUGUCCAUCGUCUUGCAAGCCUUUAUUCUUACUACUGCUGUAUUUCUUGGACUGACUGCAUAUACCUUGCAGUCAAAGAGAGACUUCAGCAGAUUUGGAGCAGGCCUCUUUGCUUGUUUGUGGAUUUUAAUCUUCUCAGGUUUCCUGAGGAUGUUUUUCUACAGUGAGACAAUAGAGUUGGUGUUUGCUGCUUCUGGAGCUCUUCUGUUCUGCGGAUUUAUUAUUUAUGACACUCAUUUGCUGAUGCACAGAUUAUCCCCUGAAGAGUACAUACUGGCUGCAAUCAAUCUCUACUUGGACAUCAUCAAUCUGUUCUUACACCUGCUGCGUUUACUGGAGGCAUUUAAUAAAAAAUAGUCAAAUGCAGUGUGGUUUGACUAUAGUGACAUAAAGUUAAGCAUUUGGAUGAUCAGCAAACUGUGUGGUUCUGUCUUCUGGAGACUGAAUCUUUAUUACUUUUUCAUUCCAUUAAUAUUGAUCCCUGCUUUGGAAAAAAAAAAAAAAGAAGGCUUUUUUAUGUAGCUAAAGUUCUUCUCUAGAAUAUGUAUUUUAUGUAGUAAACAUGCUGUUGUCAUUUCAGUCACUUUUUUUAAUCACUUAAUUUGCACUUGACAUAAUUCAUGAUGAAAACAUUUGCCAACUUCUGAUUGCUCCGGACUAAGCCUGGUUCUGCUGUUCAGUAGCUGCUGGAAAUGUUUCCUUUGGGAUUACGAGUGUGUGUACCACAUAAGGGUAGACUGAGUUUAUCAUUGUGCAAUGUUUUACUAAGCUAAAUUUUUUUCUGGUUUUUGUUUGGUAAAAUGGAAUGCUGUCUCUAACAGAGAUACUCUGUUCUUGCUAAAAGCUGUCAAAUUAUUAUGUAAAGUGGGAAGGUGUUAAAACCUUAAAGGGAACGUUCUUCAUUUAAGUAUUAUUUAUUGCCUAUCUUUCAGUGUUCUGGAAAAUCAUUUGGAGAUGGAUUCUGGAAUUUUAUCAGCUCGGUGAAUAUUAAGGUUAAUCGUCAAUAAAAAUUGGAAAACCUUU